AAACCUCACACCAACGCCAGAUGGAAGAAAGUUCAACCGUUAGCGAAAUCGUUCGUUGGAAAUACUUUGCACUUGCUCGGCAACCUCACCGAUGCCGAAAUGACGGGCAUGGUGCUCCGACAACUGAAAGCUUCAACUCCAUUCAUGGCGACGUUUGAGCGUUUAAUCAAACGAGUCACGCGUACUGCGUUACACUGCUUCGGUAGUGGUGAACCUUCCGUGCGAGUUCAAGCUAUUUUACUCCUUCGAGCACUAGCGGUUGGCUUGCCACCGCCGGCUCUGGAGCGAGUCGCCAAGGGUGUUUACAGAACGUUUGCAUCAAACGCCAAGUUUGUCAACGCCGAGUCUGUGGAGCAUAUCGCGUUCAUGUCGACGUGCGUGGUCGAAAUCUUUGGUCUCGAUCAGCAACAAUCCUAUCCGUUAGCGUUCACGUACAUAAGACAGCUCGCUUCUCUUCUUCGCGGUGCGCUGACUGCGAAGAGUAAGGAAGCUUUCCGAAACGUGUACUGCUGGCAAUACGUGAACUGCCUGGAGUGUUGGGAACGCGUGUUAAGCGCACACGCGCGAAGCGAGGAUGCCCCGUUGAGACCUUUAGUGUAUCCUUUGGCUCAAGUCGCCCUCGGUGCCGCGCGUUUGUUGCCUUCGGCUCGUUAUGCUCCGCUUCGGUUGCGACUCGUGGCUUUGCUCAACCGUUUGGCGGCGAGCACCGGGCGUUUCAUCCCGAUUGCGCCUUUGCUCAUGGAACUUCUUACUUUUAGCGAGCUCACAAAGCCGCCGGUGUCAUCCAAAGCGCACCCUCCGGAUUUCACGAUAGUGCUUCGCCUAGCGAAGCAAGAUUUGCGUCUACCAGGAGUCCAGGACAUCAUCGUUGAGUCGUCCAUGGAGGCGCUCGCUGAGCACUUACACCAAAACGCCUACUCUCCAGCGUUUCCUGAGCUUGCGCACAUCCCGACGCGAGAGCUUAAGAAGUUUUGCAAAUCUGUCACGGUCACUCGGUUCAAAAAGUCUGCUCGAGCGGUUAUCGAUGCAGCUGAGCGGACGAGUGACUGGGUCAUUCGCAAGCGCGACAACGUCGACUUUGCGCCGAAAGAUUUAGCAAAGGUGCAAAACUUUUUGAGCGCUGAGAAAGCCGAAGGC